CCAGCUGCUGCUGCUUCUGCUGGCUCAGAGAUCUCAAGUCUUCUCCUUGACAUCCUACCAGGAGACAGAUACUACAAUUCAACCAUGUCCGACAGUGGUGUGCCCACUUCUAUCCAGAACAGCAAGGGCAAGAGGCAUAGCAUCAUUAUCAAUGUGACCACGAAAGAUCAAAAUGCAAUUAAGAAGUUCUCGGCUACAGCUUCAAGUAGACAAAUGAGUGUCACUAGCACUAUGCUAGCCAGCAAAGUUGGAUCAUUGGCUCGCAGAAGCAUCUUGGUUUCAGACACAAAGUCUGUGGACAAGGGUUCUCUAGCAAGCAACAAACCUGUUGUCCAGGUUUUUGAUGAGUUUGGAAGAGACGUGACGCCUCGUCCACUUUAUCGCCCAGAGCCAAGUACUGCCACGCACAGACCAAGCAAAAUCUUAUCAGUGCAAGAUUUUGCUGGGGUGACUCAAAAUGAAUUCUUGUCUUCCCUCUCUCUACAACAAAUUUCUGGAGCCAGUAUUAGCUUAGCAGGCCCAUUCUCCAGGACUUAUGGUAGUAGCAGUAUUACAAAGUCAAGCACUUCUACUGAAUCAAUGGCAGAAGAAAUUGUAGAACCCGGGUCUAGACGAGAAACAAUUGCUAGCUUUUCAGAUGUUCAGGUCAGGCGAGAGGACGUGCCAGAACAACUGACCAAGCGAGACCUAGAAAAGCGUGUGGAAAUUUGCCUCACAGAGACGGAAACAAUUUGGUUAUUUGACAUGCCAACUAUCAUGGUAUCUACAGAGUCUGAGGAAGGUGACUAUGUGAGGAAAAAUAAUAUCGUUUACAUGGAGCUCUGUAAAAAUAGAGUUGGCAAUGAUCGUUAUACUGACAGAAUGAUGCAAACACUUAAUGGAGCACCGAAGACAAAGGAAGUACAAUGUGAAAAGAUUAUCAUGGCUGACAAAGAGAUGAUGGCCACUACCUGGGAUUUAUAUGAUUCCUAUAAUGCUUUGGAAGUAGCAUUACUGGAAAAAACUAGCAGACCACUAAGCAUGACUAGCAGUAAAUCAACUAGCAUCAAAGAACGUGACAAAACUAUGUCUAUAGCUUCUGUGGACAGAGCAAGCACUGCAUCGAGUUCUAUCAUUGAUCUUGAAAGUGUAAUUCUGUCUCGAAUCCAUGAAGAAGAAGAAGACCGCUCAGAAGCUAUACUAAAAUCUGAAAAAUUUCAUCAAGAUUUAUUUUAUAUGGAGAGGGUCCUAAUGGAGAAUAUUUUCCAGCCUAAACUUGCAGCUUAUCGGCAGCUUCCUGUCCUCAUAGAGCCGGAUAUCAAAUCUGAAUACAGUGAAUCUGAACAUGACAUAAUAUCAGAAAAGGAAGAAGAGAAGGAGGAGGAAGAGGAGCAGCAACAGCAGCAGCAGGAGGAAGAGGCGGAGGCAGCAGUGUCCGUUAGGUCAUCACUGCUAUUAGAAUUGGGUGAAGGGCAAAAAGAAAUCACACCGCCUUAUCUGGAAGCCUUGUGGUCCUAUGGAUGUGAUUUGACCAGAGGCAACAAUGUCAGUUGUAUGGCUUGGAACAAACGGAACCCUGAUCUUUUGGCUGUUGGUUACGGGCAGUUCCGUUUUAAAGAGCAGAAGAAAGGCUUGGCUUGUUGCUGGUCACUGAAGAACCCCGUGUGGCCAGAGCGUAUCUACCAUUGUUCUCAUGGGGUAACUGCACUGGAUUUCUCAGAAGCCAAUCCAAACCUCCUAGCAGUUGGAUUGUUCAACGGGACAAUUGCAGUCUACAAUGUCCAGUCCCAUAACUCAACUUCCGUUUUAGAUACCAGUGAAUCUCACGAUAAACAUUUAGGCCCUGUGUGGCAGCUGAAGUGGGUAGAGCAGGACAGGGGGACAACAGGAGAAGACAAAGGGGAGAUACUGGUUUCCAUUUCUGCAGAUGGAAGAAUAACCAAAUGGUUUGUUCGGAAAGGAUUAACCUGCACUGAUCUGAUGAAGCUGAAACGAACAGCCAGUGAAAAGAAAAAAGGAGUGGAAAAGAAAACUGAAGCCCUGAUAUCUCGACAAGCUCCAGGACUAGCCUUUGAUUUUCAUCCAAAGGACACUAAUAUAUACAUGGCUGGAACUGAAGAAGGCUAUAUUCACAAAUGCUUUUGUUCUUACAAUGAGCAGUAUCUGGAGACUUACAGAGGACACAAAGGCCCGGUGUACAAAAUAGCAUGGAAUCCUUUCAGUACAGAAGUGUUUCUAAGUUGUUCUGCUGACUGGAGUAUUAUGUUAUGGCGCCAGGAUUCAGUUCGCCCCAUUUUGACUCUCAGUUCCACUACCAAUGUUAUUUACGAUAUAAUGUGGUCUCCCAAUUCAGCGUAUGUGUUUGCAGCAGUGAAUGAGACUAGAGUGGAAAUCUGGGAUCUUAGUGUAAGCACAUUAGAUCCCCUGAUUGUGAAUCCUGCCACUGGAAAUGUGAAAUUCACAACAGUACUUUUUGCUAAAAAUGCAGAUUGUAUUCUGAUUGGAGACAGUGAUGGAUCAGUCACCGUGUAUGCACUAAGAGAUAUGAUUGCCUUGGACAGAAAGAAGGUGGAUGUUUUGAAUGAUUUGAUUGGCUCUAAUCUAAUCAGCCCAUAGUUAAUUUUCACAGUAAAAAAAGGA